CUAGCACAAUACUCCAGACACGAGUUAAUGAAUUAUUCUAUAUAAAUUCGGUUAUAGGUAUUAAUUUAAAAUGAACAUUAUUUCGGUGUUUGUGUUGAUAUUUCUCCGUAUUACAGAAGCAGCAGAUGUACAUAUAUUUGUUAGCACACAAGGCUCAGAUCAAAAUAACGGACUAACCACAACCUCUGCAGUUCAAACAAUACAUCAUGCUCUGGUACUUGCAGGGAAAAUCACUGUCCAUACAACAGUAUAUGUGGAGCUAAUGACUGGAUAUCACGACCUGGCCAGUACUCUCGUUGUCAGAAGAAACAAUAUUAUAAUAAGAGCUUACAACGAUGAAGAAGUUCACGUGACUGGAGGUCAACGCGUUCCUAUCUCUCUGUUCAAGAAAGUCACAGAUCAAGCAAUUCUAUCAAGACUGCCAUCAGAGUCUCGGGCGCACAUUCGUGUAGCACAUCUACCUGAUAUUGGUAUAACAAACUAUGGCAAGAUGGAUUGUUAUGGAGGCUGGAAAUAUAGUGAUAUGCCGCUAGAGUUAUUUUACAACGGGAGCCCUUUGCAACUCUCUCAGUGGCCUGAUGAGGGGUUCAUCAAUAUUGUAGAAAUUCCCGAUGGUAAAGACGGGCUUAGAUUUCGGUAUAAUUCGACAGUCCCACAAACGUGGCACAACGAAACUGAUCCAUGGGUUUAUGGAUAUUGGUUUUGGAGCUGGAAUGACAGAUCUGCUAAAGUGAAAUCUUUGGAUGCAUCAACUCGAACUGUAACAUUGGCUGAAAAGAUAAAUUAUGGUCUCACAAUAGGUCACUGGGAUGAUCCCUCAUCGGGUUUCAGGAAACAGGGCGGCUACUUUAAGUUCAUCAACAUACUAAGUGCGUUGAAUAAGCCUGGAGAGUACUACAUAGACAGAGAGAAUGGCAAUGCUUAUGUUUGGCUUCCAAAUGCUGAUGGAAAUGCAAAGACAACAGAUAUCAUCUACGCUUCUACAAUCAGCACUUGCAUACUAAUUAAUAAAGGUGUCCGGCAAAUAACACUGGAGGGGUUUACACUGGAAGCUUGCAGAGGGUUUGGAAUACAAGGAAACAGUUUACACAACAUACAGUUAUCAAAGUUAGAAAUAAAAAACACUGGUCAAACGGCUGUAAAGUUUAGUGGUGACUCCCGAGAUUGUUCUAUCAAUAGAUGCCUCAUACAUGAUACAAAUGGUGGACUCUUAAUUUACGGUGGAAGUAGAUAUUCACUGCAGUCAUCGGGACAUACAAUAGAGAACAAUGAGAUAUAUGACUACUCGAGAACUCGUGCAAUUGGGAGUGACGGUAUAAAGGCGAUAGGUGUUGGUCACGUGAUAAGAUACAAUCACGUGUAUUUCGGACAGUAUACCGCUGUUUGGUAUUCGGGUAACGAUAUCCUGAUGGAAUACAAUCUACUUAAUCACAACUGCCUUAAUGCAUCAGAUUGUGGAGCUUUUCAUACUGGUCGUGACUGGACCACUCGUGGCAAUAUAAUACGCUACAACAUUGUGCACCAUACAUUGAGACUUGUACCUGGGGCUGACGUCAGGGGAGUGAUGUUAGACGACCAAUCCUCAAGCACCCGAAUAACAAACAACGUUUUCUAUAACAACCACGUUCAUGCAAACAUUGGAGGAGGGCGAUAUAAUAUCAUUUCCAACAAUGUGAUGUAUAAUGCCACUGGCCAUAGUAUACAAGUAGACAACAGGGGGACAGCACAUACCAAUGAUCAAUAUCUCAUACAACGGCUUCAUGCUGUACCUUACAACAGCUCUUUAUGGUUACUGCGAUAUCCAGAAUUACAAUAUCUCAAUUUAAAAAAUGCCAGUUUACCAGAGGGGAACCAGAUCGUAAAGAAUUUGGUGUACAAUGCUCAACACCAAGAGUACGUGUAUAGAUAUAGCAAUGCUUAUAUUAAGCCUAACUUCUUCAACAUAUCAGAAACAGGAUUUUCACUAGGAAAAACAGAUCAUUUCGAUGUUGACAAGGGUGAUUAUAGACUAAAAUGUUAUGCUGCCGAAUGGGCAAACCAUGUGAAUUUCGAACAGGUUCCUUCACCGAAUGAUGUAGGCCCAAGAUUGUCAGUUGGACCAACAUACAUCAAAAGAAAACUCUCUCACAUGGUAAAUCUGACGUCAAUCUCGCACGUGUGCAGUACACAUCGUCCGGUAACAACAGCACCGGUAUCAGCAUAUCUACCAGAUGGAUCACGACAUAAUGAUCUGUUUAAUGUAUCGGAAGAAGGGUGUUGGUUAAGUGUUUCUAGUUGCACAGAUCAUCCUACAGCAGUAGGAACAUACAGGGACAUAUAUGGAGAACAACAUGGACAUGCUGCUGAUAAUGAGACAAUGUGUUUUCACAGAGCGGUAGCUCAAUGGCAAUAUUGUGGGUCGCAUAAAAAUGAACAAGUUGCUGCCAUUUACGGUCCCUCAGGUGCAACAAGAUUAGCAGGGGAUGGUUGUUUUAUGGCAAAGUAUGGCUGCCCCAAACACGGCGGGCCAACAGACGGCCAUGUCCUCCACACUGGAAAUAUAUUCCGUGAUACCUAUGCUGAGCAACAUGGAGCAGCCACUGAUGAAGAAAAGUGUUUGUCCCGAGCAAUUGCUCAGUGGGUAUAUUGUGGAUCUAGCAGUAAUCAUCCGAUUACUUCAAUAUAUAGACCUACUGGUGCAAUCCGUACAGCCGGUUUUGGUUGCUGGAUGCAUGUGCAGCAUUGUCCAAAACUUCCCGACACAAAACCUAUGUUCUAUGAUGCAUGGGGUGCUGCAAACUAUCAUACAGAUGAUUCAAAGGAUGCUUGUCUCAAUCAAGCGGAAUAUUACUGGACAAAAUGUGGAUCUGAUGACAGAUAUCCAGUUACAGCAUUUUAUAGGUCGUCUACAGCGAGGAAAACUUUCCCAUAAUCUAUCUUUUACAUAUAAUAUAUUUUAACCAAAGCCAA